GUAGAAAUCCACUAUAAUGCGAAAUGGUUCAUAUUGAGGGAGUGGAGGCGCCUAAUUUUCAGUUCGUCUAGAGACCGCUUGAUUUGAACGUAAAUUUUUGUACGCGACUAGUCAAGACAUAAUAUCAACAUGGAUGAACUCCCUCCAGAACAGAUCGCUGUCCUCCGUAAGGCUUUUGAAGCUUUCGACAACCAAAAAUCUGGCAGCAUUCCCUGUGACAUGGUUGCUGACAUUCUCCGUCUGAUGGGUCAACCCUUCGACAAGAAAAUCCUAGAGGAACUUAUCGAAGAAGUAGAUGCCGACAAAUCUGGAAGGCUGGAAUUCGAAGAAUUCGUCACCCUAGCAGCCAAAUUCAUCGUUGAAGAAGACGAUGAAGCUAUGCAGAAGGAACUGAAGGAAGCAUUCAGGCUUUACGACAAAGAAGGAAAUGGAUACAUCCCGACUACUUGCUUGAAGGAAAUUUUGAGGGAACUGGACGACCAACUGACAGACAGGGAAUUACAACUGAUGAUUGAAGAAAUUGAUACUGACGGUUCAGGAACUGUUGAUUUUGAUGAAUUCAUGGAAAUGAUGACAGGAGAAGUUUAAGCAGCCAAUUUUUUACAUACAUAUAUAUAUGAAAUAUAUAUUUCAGUACCUUGAAUCUUGUUAAGUUUCAAAAAACCAAAUAAUAUUUAUGUACGUUAAAUAUUUAUAUCUUAUUUAUUUAUGAAAAUAAAGAAUCAAAUAUGA